CCUCGCACCUCUUGUCCUCCUCCCCAACGGUUAGACUACCGAACUGAAUUCCCAGGCUCAGGUUCUCGAAGCUCAAACAACUGCCCCUUGCACUUUAGAGUUUAUUUAUCGCCAAUAUUCUCAUGAGAUCUUAAAAUAAUUAGUUAUUCAUCGACAGGCAGGCUCCACGAACGAUCUUACUGGGUCGAGCUCAAACCACACCCUCAUGGGACUGGAUGCGGUGCAACGCGUUGUGUCUGAAUCAUCCCGGCCUGGGGACCUGGCCUCGAGUCAACGGACCCCACAAGCUUGGCGCGGCCUCCUUUCUCUUUCUUUGGGAAUCCUCAUCAUACCCGUACCGGUACCCAACUGUCCCCAGCUCUUCUAAAGCUACGGUAAGUUGCCCCCUCAACCAUCAUCGCCGGACUUUCCAAGCCUGAUAAAAAUAUCCGUUCCAAUGGUCGCCACUACACGCUCAAAAACGAACGGCGCCAUCGCAAAGGUGCUGAGCGCUUCCAAGGCUGGCGUUACGAAGCGGACCAAGUCAUCUUCAGCUGGUGGCAAGAAGCCCGUUUCAACUAAGAAGUCGACACAACUGCCCGUUGCAGGGGUAGCGAAAGAGAGACCUGCGUCGCCGCACGGCACCAACGCACCGUUAAUCGCCCCUCGGGCAAACAGCACCGCUGUCCUACCCAUCAAACAACAUGCACCCGCCACAACAAACACUAUCCUCGGCCAAGCAACCGCACAUCUUCUCUCCGUGGACCCAAGCCUAAAGUGGCUUAUCGAAUCCCACCACUGCGGGAUAUUCUCGGCAGAGGGCUUAGCAGAACUCGCCGACCCCUUCCAAAGCCUUGUGAGCGGAAUAAUCUCGCAACAGGUCUCGGGUGCCGCCGCCCGCACAAUCAAAACCCGCUUCAUAGCCCUCUUCGCUCCAACCCCCACGUGUCCGCAGCCCUUCUUCCCAACGCCGGAAAUGGUUGUAGCAUGUCCGAACGAUAAACUACGAUCCGCUGGCCUCUCUGGGAGAAAAGCUGAGUAUGUGGUUUCUCUUGCGGAGCACUUCAUCGACGGCACACUCUCGCCGGAAGUCCUCUCUACGGCGCCGGAUGCAGAGGUCAUCGAGAGACUGACAAGGGUCCGCGGCAUCGGGAAUUGGUCUGCUGAGAUGUUCCUGAUGUUCGGGCUGAAGCGAAUGGAUGUUUUUUCCACGGGGGAUUUGGGCAUACAGAGGGGUAUGGCGGCACACUUUGGAAAGGACGUGGCGAAGUUGAAGUCUGGUGGGAAGGGGAAAUGGAAGUAUAUGAGCGAGACGGAUAUGCUCCGCCUGUCAGAAGGGUUUAAACCUUAUAGAAGUUUGUUCAUGUGGUAUAUGUGGAGGGCUAGCGAUGUUAGUGUUGAUGCAUUGACUGGAGACGGCGGGGCGGGCAAGGGGAAGGGGAAAGCUCAAGCACGUCCCAAAGCGAAGAAGGCAUGAGAGUGGAUAAAUUUGCUGUACUUCUUUGGGUGGAUCAGCUUGUAUAUUGUAUACCGGCUUCGGGGGGUUUCGACGCUUUCUGCUGUGCCAUUUUUCUAUCAUUAUUGUCCUAUAAAACAAAUACCAGUCAUAAUUUCCAGA